GAGAGCAUAAAAAGUGUGAAGAUAGUGGUGUGUGUGGCAAAGGCAGUGCAUCCCACAUCUAUUCUCUCUGAGAUUCAUUGUGUGUUGAGUCUGGGUGUGUAGAAAGAUGGGAAAAGGUGGAUCUCUGAGCGAUGGCGUUGUGAAGAAGAUCGUGCUAUCCUACACCUACGUUGCCAUAUGGAUCUUCCUCAGUUUCACUGUAAUCGUCUACAACAAGUACAUCCUCGACAAGAAGAUGUACAACUGGCCAUUCCCCAUCUCCCUCACCAUGAUCCACAUGUCCUUCUGCGCCACCCUCGCCGUCCUCCUCGUCCGCGUCUUCCGCCUCGUNGAGCCAGUUUCAAUGUCACGCGAGGUAUACCUCUCCUCGGUCGUCCCCAUCGGAGCCCUCUACUCCCUCUCCCUCUGGCUCUCCAACUCCGCCUACAUCUACCUCUCCGUCUCCUUCAUCCAGAUGUUGAAGGCUCUAAUGCCUGUCGCUGUAUACUCCAUCGGCGUCCUCCUCCGCAAAGAGUCCUACAAAAAUGACACCAUGCUCAACAUGCUCUCCAUCUCCCUCGGAGUAGGCGUCGCCGCUUACGGGGAAGCGCGUUUCGACGCCUGGGGCGUCCUCCUCCAACUGGGNGCGGUNGCCUUCGAGGCCACGCGCCUCGUCAUGAUCCAAAUCCUCCUCACCUCCAAGGGGAUCUCGCUCAACCCCAUCACCUCGCUCUACUACGUCGCCCCCUGCUGCCUCGUCUUCCUCUCAGUCCCCUGGAUCUUCGUCGAGUACCCUGUCCUCCGAGACACCUCCACCUUCCAGUUCGAUUUCGUGGUCUUCGGGACCAACUCCUUCUGCGCCUUUGCGCUCAACCUCGCAGUCUUUCUCCUCGUCGGGAAGACCUCGGCGCUGACCAUGAACGUUGCUGGCGUGGUGAAGGACUGGCUCCUGAUUGCCUUCUCGUGGUCGGUUAUCAAGGACACCGUGACGCCGAUUAAUUUGUUCGGUUACGGGCUGGCGUUCCUUGGAGUGGCGUAUUACAACCACUCCAAGUUGCAGGCGCUGAAGGCCAAAGAGGCGCAGAAGAAGACCGCCCAAGCCGAUGAGGAAGAAGGGAGGCUGCUUGAGGAGAGAGAGGCCGACGGAAUGGGCAAGAGAAACGACCAGCAGAAUUAAUUGCUUUAAUUAAUUAAUUAAUUGAUUAAUUCAUUUUCUGUUUCGUUUACACAGAUUCCAGAGAAAAAAAGUCGGUACGAGGAAAAUAAAACCAGGAGGUUUCGAUUUGAGCGAAUAUAUGGCAAUGGCAUCGUCCUCUCUGGCCUAAUUACCGGUUCGGUACG